AUGGCAAGAAAGUCUAUAGUAGAAAUCAGGAAUUCUGAUGUCAGAUUAAAAACACGGAGUUCUCAAUAUGGUAAAAGAAGUGGUACCGGUGGUAGCUCUGUAGGUUCAAAGAGAACUAGUCUGAUGCAGACCAGGAAUAGGAAAAGGCAAAAACGACUAUUCGAGUAUAAUAUUCCAACUACCUCGAGUCCUCCGAUACGUAAGAGGAACCAAAAUGGUUCAAUAAUGGACCUGAAUGACGAUCCCAUACUGAUUGACGAAGAAACCAGUGAUGAUAAUUAUAAAGAGAACGUAGGAGGAGACGAUGAUCUGCAAGUUUUAGACAAGGAACCAUUGCCACUUGAAAUUGAGGGUAUCCAUAUUGAUUUAUCAGAUGAUUGUGUUUCUCUACCAGUAGAAGAAGAAGUUCAAGAAGAAAUAGACGGUCUCAUGGAGAAUACAAAUGUAGAAUCUAAUAACGAAGAAAUUAUUAGAUGCCCUAUCUGUAACCAUGAUUUAUCAAAUUUUGAAUUGUACGAAAAAGAAGCCCAUUGUGAGACUUGCUUAGAAAAAUUAAACAACAACGAAAAUGAAAUUUGCAUUGAAAGAGAUCUAGCAGAAGCAUCCACAACGAUAAGCAACGCAGAAGAACAAAUUGAGCAUAAUAUUACUGCAAUGCGUUCUACUAAGGUUAUUCAUCUGAAAACUACAACAAAGCGUUUACAUCCAGAAAUGAUUAAGCAAAAGAGUUCACCAAAGCCAAAAAAACCGUUACCAAGAAUAAAAAUAUUAACCUUUAACAGCGGUUAUAGGGUUGUAGUUGAUGGUUUUAAUUUUGCUGCUGAUGAAGAGAUAUCGAAGUAUUUUUUGUCGCAUUUUCAUUCAGAUCAUUAUAUAGGUUUGAAGAAAUCAUGGGAACAAGGUACAGUUUAUUGUUCUGAAAUAACCAGUAGGUUAUUGCAGUAUAAAUUUAAAUUCCCGGAGGAAAAAAUAAAUGUUUUGAUUAAUGAGGAACGAUCAUGGAUUACAGAGACGAUAUCUGUUACCGCAUUUGAUGCUAAUCAUUGUCCAGGUGCUCAAGUAUAUUUAUUCCAAGAAUAUAAUAGUAAGGCCGAUUUGAAGAAGCCCAUAAAGCAAAUCAUUCAUACAGGAGAUUUCAGGAGUAAUGACAAGAUAAUUGAGGAAUUUUCUAACGAACACCCAAUUGAUGCCAUCUAUUUGGACACAACGUAUCUAUCACAUACUAACGAUUUUCCUUUACAACGUGAAAUUGUUGAGAAGACCAGUAAUUAUGUUAAAAAUUAUUUCAAAAAGAAAGAUGAAGUCAAUGCGAAGCAUAGUAAUUUUAGUGUAAUACCUGUUCCUACAAAGAAACUAGUGUUAGUAGGUGCGUAUGCUAUUGGGAAAGAGAAAUUAGCAAUUAAUAUAACUGCUGAAUUAGGCUGUCAAUGUUAUGUUUACAAUCAAGAGUUAAGAUCCCAUUACAUGGAUUGCGGUGAUCAGAGUAUAAAUUCAAGUAUAAAUGUUCAUUUAGUGCCUCUUGGCGUCCUAAAAAGCGAAGAAACGAUUUUAAAAUACCUUAAGGAGGUUGUUAAAGUUAAAUGGCUUGAUGUAAUGGUUGUUGGUAUUGUACCAACAGGAUGGACUUAUGGUAAUAUGUGGGAGAGUCGAAAUUUAAUGUUAUCAAAACUUGAAAAGGAAUUAGUUUCAAAGACAGCAUGGGAAAAUAAGAAUAAAGAUUUACUUCCAGAAAAUUGGUUUAUAAAACAAGUCAAUGCAAAUAAAAAAUUUCAAAUAUUCAAAGUACCUUAUUCAGAACAUUCGAGUUUUUCUGAAUUAAUAAGGUUUGCAACUAGUGGUAAAUUUAAAUGGGAAGAAAUCUUUGCGACAGUAAAUUUAGAGAACAUAGAACGAACUAGAGAUAUGGUAGAAUGGUUCGAUGUUUGGAAAACCAUUAAUAACAAAAAGUUUGAAGAAGAUAAUAAUUAA